GCGGGGCCCCAGGUACGCGGACAAGAUGGCGGCGGCAGCGGUCGACAGCGCGAUGGAAGUGGUGCCGGCGCUGGGGGAGGAGGCCGCGCCCGAGGCGGCGGGCCUCAGCUGCCUCGUCAACCUGCCGGGAGAGGUGCUAGAGUACAUCCUGUGUAGCGGCUCGCUGACGGCCGCCGACAUCGGCCGCGUCUCCAGCACCUGCCGGCGGCUGCGCGAGCUGUGCCAGGGUAGCGGGAAGGUGUGGAAGGAGCAGUUCCGGGUGAGGUGGCCUUCCCUUAUGAAACACUACAGCCCCACCGACUACGUCAAUUGGUUGGAGGAGUACAAAGUUCGACAAAAAGCUGGGUUGGAAGCCCGGAAGAUUGUAGCCUCGUUCUCAAAGAGGUUCUUUUCAGAGCACGUCCCUUGUAACGGUUUCAGUGACAUUGAGAAUCUUGAGGGCCCAGAGAUAUUUUUUGAGGAUGAGCUGGUGUGUAUCCUAAAUAUGGAAGGAAGAAAAGCUUUGACCUGGAAAUACUACGCCAAAAAAAUUCUUUAUUACCUAAGGCAACAGAAAAUUUUGAAUAAUCUUAAGGCUUUUCUUCAGCAGCCUGAUGACUAUGAAUCGUAUCUUGAAGGCGCAGUGUAUAUUGACCAGUACUGCAACCCUCUCUCUGACAUCAGUCUCAAGGACAUCCAGGCUCAGAUUGACAGCAUCGUGGAGCUUGUUUGCAAAACCCUCCGGGGCAUAAACAGUCGCCACCCCAGCUUGGCCUUCAAGGCAGGCGAAUCCUCCAUGAUCAUGGAAAUAGAGCUCCAGAGUCAGGUGCUGGAUGCCAUGAACCACGUCCUAUAUGACCAGCUGAAGUUCAAGGGGAACCGAAUGGAUUACUACAACGCCCUGAAUUUAUACAUGCACCAGGUGUUAAUCCGCAGAACAGGAAUCCCCAUCAGCAUGUCUCUGCUCUACCUGACAAUUGCCCGGCAGUUGGGGGUCCCACUGGAGCCUGUCAACUUCCCCAGCCACUUCUUACUAAGGUGGUGCCAAGGGGCAGAAGGGGCGACCCUGGACAUCUUUGACUACAUCUACAUAGAUGCUUUUGGGAAAGGCAAGCAGCUGACAGUGAAAGAGUGUGAAUACCUGAUCGGCCAGCAUGUGACCGCAGCACUGUACGGGGUGGUGAAUGUGAAGAAGGUGUUGCAGCGAAUGGUGGGAAACCUGUUAAGUCUAGGAAAGCGGGAAGGCAUCGACCAGUCCUACCAGCUCCUAAGGGACUCUCUGGACCUGUACUUGGCGAUGUACCCCGACCAGGUGCAGCUGCUCCUCCUCCAAGCCAGGCUUUACUUCCACCUGGGUAUCUGGCCAGAGAAGGAGCUGAUGGCACCAGGUGUUCAGAUUCCAAGCCCACCCACACGUUUCACCCCUGUGGACCGGGGUCAGGUGCUUGACAUCCUCCAGCACAUCCAGACGCUGGACCCGGGGCAGCACGGGGCGGUGGGUUACCUGGUGCAACACACGCUGGAGCACAUUGAGCGGAAGAAGGAGGAGGUGGGGGUGGAGGUCAAGCUUCGCUCCCACGAGAAGCACAGGGACGUCUGCUACUCCAUUGGGCUCAUUAUGAAGCACAAGAGGUACGGCUAUAACUGUGUCAUCUACGGCUGGGACCCCACCUGUAUGAUGGGACACGAGUGGAUCCGAAACAUGAACGUCCACAGCCUGCCUCACGGCCACCAUCAGCCCUUUUACAACGUCCUGGUGGAAGACGGGUCCUGUCGAUAUGCCGCCCAGGAGAACUUGGAGUAUAACGUGGAGCCUCAGGAGAUCUCCCACCCUGAUGUUGGACGCUACUUCUCAGAGUUCACGGGCACUCACUACAUCCCGAAUGCAGAGCUGGAGAUCCGGUACCCAGAGGACCUGGAGUCUGUGUAUGAGACGGUGCAGAACAUUUACAGUGCGAAGAAAGAGAACGUGGAGUAAAGUCUCGGGGGACAUUGGACCUUUGCUGCUGCUGCUCUUUUCCAAGACGAUGGGGUUCAGGGUGGAGACGUCCCCUUGGAUCCCUCUGGACUCACACCACCGGGAAGGCCACUCAACCGGGCAUGCUGGUUGUCUCCUACCAAGUGGAAAUCACGUGUGCUCUCUCCGCCAGCUGCAAAGACAAUGUUGCUCUCCGCCUACACUAGUGAUUCAUUUGAAAGGCACUGUCUCAGUGGCAUGGCUUGUAUGCUUGUCCUGUGGUGACCGUUUGUGACAUGCUGUCUUCAUGAGGUCUCACCGUUGACACUUAAAACCGUUCUUUUCCCUCACACCCCCCUCCCCACCCCGCAUCGCAUCUGUCUACAUCGUCUCAGAGCGUUUCGCUUGCUGGACAGGUGGGGUUGUCCGUUUGCAGUCGUUUCACUCUGAUCUCUCUGUGAACCGUGUGUGCUCCUCAGUCAGGAUUGUCUGUCUUUUUACCCAUGGCUGAAGCUCUAAGUGAUCUUGGCCACAUAGUGGAUCUGGAGUCAUUAACAAACUAACAGUAAUCAGAAUCAUUUGAAUUUUUUCCCCCAAUUUUUGAAACAGAUUUCCGGCAUUUUAUCUUUUUCUUUAUAUGAAUUGAGCACAUGACACAGUUUUGCUUUCCCAGAUUCAUCUCUCGGAUUUACGCUCAUUUAAGAAUCAUUAGGUUUUUUUAUUUUAUUACAUAAAAUUAUGUGAAAAAAUGCAUAGUAAUAAUCUUUGUGAAUGGGUUUUCCCACUUUCAUCUACUAUUCCUCCCUUAAAAAUAAGUGGGUUUUUUUUAAUCUAUUCCAGUAUCAUAAGUAGAUCUUAAGUCAGCAAUUGAGUUCUCUUUGUAGUAGGAAAAUACUGCUGUUAAAAUGUCUGCUUUUUAGAAACCGUGCUCCGUGGUCUCCAAAGACCUGAAAUUGAGGUUUUACUUUUAUAACCAGAAACAAGAAGAAAUAAUGAAGCUUAGAAAUUAAAAGGGGAAGGGGAGGUCUCAUGCUCCCUGUUCUCCUUUAGAAUCAUUUCAAGACCUUUUUGAAUGUGGCAGGGUAGAAGUAAGUGAAAUAUCUCCGGUUUGAGAGCAUGAGCUCAGUGGGAAAGGAGACAGCGUGGCCAGCAUUCUCGAGUCACCGUUGCCAUGACAGCACCAGGAAGAAGUCUGCUCAGGCCCCCGGGAGUCCGGCUUCAUACCCAGAUGCUGCUGGCACCCAUCUUUUCCACGAUCAUGGUACCCAAGCAGGAAGGUUCCUUGUCCUAACGCAGCUCUGGACUCCCACCUUUCUCCACCCACCCCUUCUCCAGUGGGCCAGCCUUGUACUUAACCUGUAGUAGCUAACUUCUGAAGUUAGGACCUAGUUACUCUGCUCUCUUAAGUUGAAAAGAUUUCCAGUUGCUCUAGUGAAUAAAGCUCUGGGGGCCGUGAUCCAGCCACGCCUUGCUGCCCGUCUGUCCCUUUGCAUGCAGUAUUUCCACACUACGUUUGAUGACCACCUCUCGUUUACCCUUCGGAAACCCUAGGAUGACUGAGGUUUGGAGAAGCCACCUGAGACCACUUCCCAGCUAGUGACAGUUCCUGAGCAGUUACUAGAAAGAGAUGGGGAUUUGGCUAACCAGCUCCUUCCCGCCCCAAUUAGCUCUGGUCCAGGGCCCGUGUUCCUCAUGGUCCAAUCCAGAGUUAGAUGGUCUGGACGCGCAUUGGAAAUUGUGACCACUCACAACACCCAGCCUACCCAAGGUUGGGGGCGUUUUACACUACUCUCAUUUAAAGGUGAAAAUUAGAUACUAUGGCAUUAAUAUUAAUGAGAUGCAUUACUAAGAAUCUGUGGCGCAUGCUGAGAGUUAAAAUUGUUGGUUUUCUGGUUUGAUUUCCUUUUUUUCUUAGAGUAACAUCGAAGCCAAGAAAGAUGGUUUUACCUUUAUUGACCUGAUGUAAAUAUGUAUCUAGACUGUUUCUAAAUGUGUUUCUUCAUGAAUGCUUCAUUUGGCUCCAGGAAGCCUGUGUCACCUGUGUAAGUUGGUCUUUGGGCACUUUAUAUUUUUCUAAAAACGUGUUUUGGAUCCUGUACUCUAAUAAAUCAUAAGUUUCUUUUUAAAA